CUCCCCCAACCCCCCGCCCCUCGCUGCCGCCGCUGCCGCCGCUGCCCGUGCUGCACUGACGGCGGAUACCCGCGCCUCAGAGUUACUGAUUUAUUCUUGAGAAUCCUCUACUGUCACCAGUCCUCAUGGAUGAGCUUCAGGAUGUUCAACUCACAGAGAUCAAACCACUUUUAAAUGAUAAGAAUGGUACACGAAACUUCCAGGACUUUGACUGUCAGGAACAUGACAUAGAAACAACUCAUGGUAUGGUCCACGUCACGAUAAGAGGCCUUCCGAAAGGAAACAGACCAGUUAUUCUAACUUAUCAUGACAUUGGCCUCAAUCAUAAAUCCUGUUUCAAUACAUUCUUUAACUUUGAGGAUAUGCAAGAAAUUACCCAGCACUUUGCUGUCUGUCAUGUGGAUGCCCCAGGCCAACAGGAAGGUGCACCCUCAUUCCCAACAGGGUACCAGUAUCCCACAAUGGAUGAGUUGGCUGAAAUGCUGCCUUCUGUCCUUACCCACUUAAGUCUGAAAAGCAUCAUUGGGGUUGGAGUUGGAGCCGGAGCUUAUAUCCUCAGCAGAUUUGCACUCAAUCAUCCAGAGCUUGUGGAAGGCCUCGUGCUCAUUAACGUAGACCCUUGUGCUAAGGGCUGGAUUGACUGGGCAGCCUCCAAACUCUCAGGCUUGACAACUAAUGUUGUGGACAUUAUUUUGGCUCAUCACUUUGGACAGGAAGAGUUGCAGGCCAACCUGGACCUGAUUCAAACCUACAGGCUGCAUAUUGCCCAAGAUAUCAACCAAGAAAACCUUCAGCUCUUCCUGGGUUCCUAUAAUGGACGCAGAGACUUGGAGAUUGAAAGACCAAUUCUGGGCCAAAAUGAUAACAGGUCAAAGACAUUAAAGUGUUCUACUUUAUUGGUGGUUGGGGACAAUUCACCUGCAGUUGAAUCUGUGGUUGAAUGUAAUUCUCGCCUGAACCCUAUAAAUACAACUUUGCUAAAGAUGGCAGACUGUGGUGGACUGCCCCAAGUAGUUCAGCCUGGGAAGCUCACCGAGGCCUUCAAGUACUUUUUGCAGGGCAUGGGCUACAUCCCGUAUGUGCAGCUCAGUCACCUGAGCACCGAGUCAGUACCAUCUGCCAGCAUGACCCGGCUCGCCCGAUCACGAACCCACUCAAUCUCGAGUAGCAGCAUCGGUUCUGGAGAAAGUGCCUUCAGCCGAUCUGUCACCAGCAGUCAGUCAGAUGGAACUCAAGAAUCCUCUGAGUCCCCUGAUGUUCUGGACAGACACCAGACCAUGGAGUUGUCCUGCUAAGCAGAUGCUCCUCCCUUGGACCAUACAAAUCCAUCCUCCUUCAAAUGACCACUCCAUUAUGUAACAUUUCAUCCAGCAAACUGGCAUCUACUAUCUGUAACUCCUGCAUGGCCACUGACUCUCUCUGGUAUACUGGAUUUAUCAUUCUCUCUGCCUGUCCACCCCCCUUUUUGUAUGUACCAAGAACCACUUCCAUACCAUCACUGUAACAUUCCAACAUCUUUAGCUGAUCGAAUCGCCAUAUCUUCUCUUGCCAGCUUUUUCCUGUGCUUUCCUAACAAUGUAUCUGAUAAGAUUCUUUGAUCCUGAUGUAUGUGUGUGAGCACGCGUGUCUGUUUGUGUGUGCAUAGUUCUGUGAUUUUAGACAUGCUUUCUUGUAGAGCUUCUGCAAAAAAAAAAAAGGGAUUUUUUUUUUCUUUCAUUUUCAAUGGUAUGGUGUUUUUAGGAGAAACAUACAGAACAGGUUUCUAGGUUGGAUAGGCCACUGCAUUAUCUUUUGCUUCCAAAUUGGUCAGCAUGAUUUUCAAAGUGACUUCAGGAGAGAGCAGCUCUGAAGAAUGUGGCAGAUCAUAAUUGCUUUUGGGCUGUUGAUUGAUUAGAAGGAUACCUGUUAUAGUGUGGUCAGCCUCCUGCUCCUUUCAGAAUGAAUUCACAUAAAUUAUUCUGUAAAUAAAAGGAAGGGAGAUAUUUUCUCAGAAGCCCACAAACAUGAAGUUCUCUUGCAACAUGGAGUUUUUCCCAAGAAAAACUCACUACUGGACUCUUCACCACUGGACUCUGCACAGAACAAAACACCAGACCUCCACUCUGCCAGAGCGGAACUGCUUUCCCUAUAGUGUCCAAUACUACUUACCAGACCUCUGUGAAAAGUGUCUCCCAGCUUUGUAAUAGAGUGUUCUAUCCUAUGUCCCCAAAAGGAGGAGGUCUGAAAAUACAAGAUGGUGAGGAAAUGGCUGGGAGAGAGGAACAAACACUAACCUAAUACCAUGUUUAAUAAAGACAGUCUUGGUUUCAGCUAACUUAAUGGAGCUAAUUGAAAUUGACACAGAACAGUUUUCUCGGAAAGAUUGUUAAUCCAGAGAACUUCUUUUCCUAGGAGGGAAAGGGCCAGUCUGUAAGGGCAGCCUGUAAAGGUAAAAUUGUUUUCAGCUUCGUGUCGCCAUAUGAGAGGUCAUCGCAAGCCAGAAACUAUCACUGGGAAGAGAGUGAAACCAGCUGCCACACAGCAAGGGCCCAGCUCUUGAGGGCAUUGAGAUGUAAGCUCAGGGUCACAGCUCCGAACCUUAGGAAGGGCCUUGUCAGACACCGUGUUUGCUUUCUGCUGAGACAGGGAAUGCGUUACUCUGCCCAAGUACAACUUUUUACAGAUUAUUAAAUAAAGCUGUAUAUGUCUCAUUGUUA